UAUGCUUAGAGGAAACAAAGUUUAGAAUUCAUUUUGCUAAUCCAUCCCAUGCAUUAUUAGACCAACUUUAUAAAUGAAGAAACCAUUACUAUGGUUUAAUACUUAAUAUAAAGAAGAAGCAAGAGUAAAUUAUAAAGUUAAUUUUAGUUGGAAGACAUCAAAUUACCAUAAUCAGUCAUUACUUAAAAAUUGAAAUUCUUAGUUAAUAGAAAUGAUUUUAUUAAAGAAUUAAACAAUUUCUCUUUGCAUUCUAUUCAAUCCUAAUAUUAUUAGAAAUCUUUAUAUGAUAUCUCUCAUGUAAUAUUUUAUUUUACUAUUUUAGUUAAUUGAGUAUUCAUAAUAAAGUAAUUAAAUACAUAUUAAUGAAUAAGAAGCAUCUAUGUCUGGAUUAAAGUUAUUUCAAGUAUUCUCACCAGAAUAAAUACAAUUAUUGAAAUUUCAUUUCAAUUAACCUUAAAGUAUAACUAGUAUUUCAUUUCUUGAUGGUGCAAUCAAUCUAAUUAAGAAUGUUCAUUCAUUUUAAGAUAGUUUGUUUGUAAAUUUUGCAUCUAAUUUAUUUGAAUUGUUUUAUGAACCUCAAAAUAAUAAAAAGUCUAAAUAACAAGAUGAAAAAUUUAAAGAACUCUUUUAAGAAUUUGGAAUUGUAUUAUAUAAAUUUGAUUAUCUAUCAUAAUCUUAACCUUUAAAUAUUGCUAAAAUUAUAGGACAAUUAUAUGAUUUGAUGAUUACAAAUUCAAUUAAAUUGAAUGAUUUUACUCAUUAUCGUAAAACAGCUAAUAAUUUUAUUCAAAAAUAUUAUGGAAUUCAAUCACAUAAAAUGAUACAACCCAAUAUUGUUGACUAUAAGAAUAUAUUAUAUACAAUCUUUUUAAGUGAAAUCAGACCAGAAGCUUUGAUAUAAGAUGCAGUCAAUAGGUAAUUAAUUUAUUAUAUAAUUUUAGAUUUGCCAAUUCUGGAAUCUAAAGUGGUUCUAUUUCAUCAAAUAUUGAUAUCAUGAGUAUGAUGUUAUUACAUGGUGUCCCAUGUACUGAGAAUUUCCUUAAUAAACUUAAGAAUUCUAAAAGAUAGAGAUUAACUAUUGGAUAAUUAUAUGUUCUAUUAAAAUGUUAUGAACUUGCUAAGGUUCCAUUAUAUGAAUUCAGUUAAACCUUAUUUUUGGAGUAUUUUAAUAUUAUCAUUAUAUUAGUGUUGCUAGUUUCAUUUCUCAUGAUAAAUAAUUGUAAGAUGGGAAUUCAGUAUUAAUGUUAGCAAGAAUUUGCAAUGAAUUAUUUUCAAGUUCUUUCAUAACAUCAAAGGUUGCUUAAGAAAGAAGAAAUGAUAAGAUUCUGAAUUUUCUUGAAAGAAAUGUUUAAAGACACAUUGACUAACUUAACUUUAAUCAUUUACUUUUUAUUUCUAAUGUCUUUAAUAAACAUUUGAAAUAACCCACAUUCUUGAUCAAUUUACUUCAUGAUAAAUUGAAUGAAAUUAAACUAAAUGAAUCUUCACUUAGUUUAUAUAAUGAUUUCUUAGAAAUUACUUAUGAUUUCUUUAAAGAAUAAUAUACUCAUAUCAAAUAACAAGUAUUUGACUAUGGAAUUGCACCUUCAUAAGAAUAUCAAGCUGUAACUAAGACUUUUGUUGAAAAUUUAAUCCAAUUUCAAUUCACCAGCAUACUUGCCACAAACAUUCUAAAAGUCGUAUCCUUAUCAUGUAAACAACAAAACAAUUAACAAUAGGUUUUUAAUUUGAAAAAUCAAUCAUUUUAAAACUCAUAUCUAAACCUAGUUUAUUUUCAAAUGAUGUCAAUCUUUUGACUAAAGUUAUGAAAUUAUAUGAAAUUCCAAUCAAUUCUGAAAUCCUAAAUAUAAUCUUAAAUGGAAACAAAGAUGAUUAGAUUAUGACAAUUGAAUCAAUCUAUUAUGUAUGUUAAAUGAAUGGUUUUAAUUAAGAACAAUAAGCUUAAUUAAAAUAAUUUACAUAAGAUAUGAUUUAUACAUUAUUAGCAGAAAAUGAAUAAUUUUUAGUCGAAUAACGAUAAAUUGAUGAUUUCUUACAUACUUACUCUUCAUAAAUUAAUUAAUAAUCUUUUGAAUCUGUACAAUAUUUCCCAGAAAUAAUUAAUAAAUUACAGAUAUCUUUUGAUAAUGAAUAGAUUGCAAUCCUUAAUAAAUUAUAUGAAAGAACUUGUGUCCUAUGGCAUUCAGAUAUUUUAAUUAAGAAUUUGAUUUUAAUUGAUAAAAUGAAUGUAAAUAUUUCUAAUUUGAAUUUUAGAUUCUUAAUUAUUAGAUAUAUAUUAAAUCAGCUGAAAAUAUCCUUAGUUGCUUUGAUUUAGUAAAGGAUGGUACAGAAGUCUUACCAUCAGGUUUACUAGCAGAUAAAAAAGUCUAAAUGUCUCUAAUUAAAGCAUACUUAAAGUAAAUUAGUAAUUCUACACAUCACUAUAUGGAGAGUUUGAAAAUCAUAGGUUAUUUGGCAUUUCUGAAUAUUGAUUAGUUAAAUACAGAAGAUAUAAUGGUAUAAAAAUAUAAAUAUAUAUUUUAGUUACUUUGCAAAGCAAUAGGUAAUGUUAAAGAAUUAUACUUUUAUGAUUUUCAAAUUUACCUUGAAAAUUAUUUGACUUAAAACUAAUUACCUAAUGAAUCAAAUAUAAUUUAAUUUUGUUCAUACUUUCCUUUUAUUAAUCUGAAAGUUCGUUAAUAAUUAAUAGAAAAUUUUGAAAAAAAUAAAAUAUAACAAUUAUCUUUAGAAUUACUAAUGGCUUCUCAAAAUUAAUAGGUUGGUAUUAAUUAAAUUGAGUAAUUAUUUGAAUAAUUAAAUAAUUAAGAGAAAUUGAAAUAUAUCAAACCAAUUCUCUUAAAUUUAAUUUAAACUUGGGAUCUUAAAUGUUCAAUUGAUACAAUUAUAAGAUUUGCUGAAUAAUGUUAUGAUUAAUAAGAUUAAGAAUUUAAAUUCAUAUAUUUGGUAUUAGAAUUCCUUAAUAGAUCAAAAUCAUCAAUUAAAAUUACAUUAUCUUAAGAUGAAACCUAUUUUUAAUUGCAUUUUAAUUAAAAAGUAAUCGAUUCCACUUUUGAAACUAAAGUUUAAGAAUUAUUUAAUUGUAUUGAUCUCAAAGGACUUAAUAUAAAAACUACUAAAGAGAAUAUUAAUUAUUUCCCUUCAAUUACGACUGAAAUGAAUUAUAAUGAAUUGCCAAAAUAUAAAGUUUCAAUGGUUAAAAAACAAUUAAAAUCAAAGGAUGAUUUACCUGAAGGAAAAGAUUAACUUUCAUACUUCUUGAAAAAUACCAUAAAUAAUUUGUCUCUGUAACCUUAAUAUAAAUAUAUUGAUUCUCUAAUUUAAUUGAUGAUAUUGAAUGGAUUGGAAGUAUCAAAAUAUUUUGGAUAAAUUCCAAAAGAGAAUUAUACAAAAAGAAUUCAUAUGAUUAAGAAAGAUAAGAGAUAUUUAGAAUUUUUAGUGAAUAUGCAAACAAAUAUGGCAGAAAUGGAAAGUAAGUUCAGAUUUUAUAGUGGAGUUGAAGAAUCUUAACUUUCCCUAUUUAUUUGUUUAAAGAUUGAGAAUAUUGAAAAUCCAACUUAACUUCCAAUAUAUCUAUAAUAUGCAUCAAAAAAUAAUACUGUUAUAUCACCAAAUGGUUUGUCAUUAAAUCCUCUUGUUUUAUUAGAAUCUCUAGUUUUGUCUGAAAAAGGAUAAGUAUAUUUGAUUAAUUUUACAAAAUGGAUACAAAUUUAUCAAAAUAAAUAGAAACAAAAAGAAUUUUUUUAAAUGUUGAUCUAAUGA